AUGCUGGGCUCGAGUGCUAACAAAUUGAUCUUUUAUUGGCACCGAACCAACAAUGUUAAGACUGAUCCCGUGGCCAUCAAUGAGAACCCAUUAGAAUCAGACUAUAGUGUUGAACACAAUACCAUUGAAGGCAAAUACGAUCUGCUCAUCAAAAGAGCUCAAUAUGACAGAGACAACGGACAGUUCGAGUGCAAGAUUAAGGAGGCGGGCAAUGGCGCUGAGAUCAAGAGCCAGUCCUAUGUCGUCACUAUUCUCAUACCUCCCGGUCCUCCGCUCAUCACUCCUUUAAAUCCAGUGGCAAAAGAAGGCGAACCCUUUGAACUGAGCUGUUCCAGUCAGGGUGGAAGUCCCGACCCUAUCAUACAGUGGUUUCGUGAUAGCACACCAUUAGAUGGACAGUUGACAAAAGGCGGCACAAGAGAUAAACCCACUGUAAAUACGUUAACGAUUGAGCCAUCCCUUGAACUGGACAGAGCUAUAUACCGGUGCACUGUUUGGAACCGAGCCAUUAGGGACGACAAAAAACUUGAAACUAUUGUCCCGUUGACUGUUCACUAUAAACCGAGAGUUACUGUCGGACCUUAUAAUCCACUCAAAGUGUCAGUCGAUGGGAACGCAGAAAUGUCUUGUAAUGUUGAGGCUAACCCUCCGGUGCGGAGUAUAAGAUGGAUGAAAAACGGACAGAUCUUAACCAAUACUAAUAAUCAUACAAUAAUUCGUGUCAAACCCGAUGACUCCGGCAAAUAUGACUGCAUUGCAGACAACGGUGUCGGAGGGACGCCUGCGAAAGAGACCCUGGAAUUGGCUGUUCUUUAUGGACCAAAAGUGAAUGUAGUUCCUGAACGGGAAGCCGUUACUGACGAAGCUUUUAAUGUGAAGUGCAAUAUAGCAUCCAAUCCUAAACCACAUACUGUUGUUUGGCUCAAAGAGGACGACCCAUCAUUCAAACAAACGGGAACUGUAUUGGCAUUGAACCGAAUUAAGGCCGAAGACUCCGGCAACUAUAUCUGCAUCGCCAGCACUAAUCUUAAACCUUCCGGUGCUGUGGAAGGUAUUGAAAGGACUCACAACUCGACAGUUAGAGUGCGUGUUAAGCAUAGACCGGGAGAUACGGAAAUAUUGCCACAAAAUCCUGUGGCGAUUGCAGGAAAGCCGUUCACAUUGACGUGUCAGUCGAAACCUCCCGGUUAUCCGGAACCUGAAUACCGGUGGUGGAGAGAGGGACAGGAGCAGCAAGAUUUAGGUCGACGUAUUAACUACACGUUUAUCGCUGUUCACGUGAGCCAAGAGGGCCGCUAUUUCUGUGAACCCUUUAAUUCACUCGGAAAGGGAAAGAUAGGUUCAGUGUAUUUGUCUGUCAAUGAAUCGCCGCAAAUGGUUAUAUCAAUGAAACCGCAGUUUAUUGUCAAAGAAGGCGACCGUAACUUUAAACUCACGUGUAUUUCCAGAUCUAAGCCUAAGGCUAAUGUGAUUUGGCUUCAGAAUGACAUUGAGAUCAGUGCCGAUAAUUCACAGUUUAGGGUCGAAAAGAGGGAACAAAUAGAGGACGCAAACGUCCACAACAUUCAGACAACUCUGCACUUUGAGUCCACUACCAGAAAAGGAACCAAUAGUUUGUCGGCCAAUGAUAGGGGAAGGUAUACGUGUCUGUUUGACAAUAAUAUCGGUCAAAGUGCUAAGUCUACUACAGUUCUUCGUAUUGAACACUCGCCUGUUGUCCGACACACCUAUAAUAGGGUUGCGUUUGAUUUUGGAGAGAUAGCAGUCUUACAGUGCAAGAUGUCUGCAUAUCCGGCCCCUAAGUUCGAGUGGUUCUUCAGAGGCAAAGCACUCGACAACUACAGCGACCGCUACAACACUAACAGCACUGAAUUGGGAGAUGACAUACACGUCGGCACCCUUUCCAUCCGCAACACUCGAGAGAGCGAUUACGGAGACUACACGUGUCGGGCGUUUAACUCAGUGGCCGACGACGACGAGAAAACCAUCAUCAAACUUGCCAAGAAGUCAGCCCCAGAAAUGCCAAUGCAGUUGGAAAUGGUUGAAGUGCUGUCUGAUUCAGUCAUCUUAAGAUGGAUUGAGGGCUUUAACGGCGGGUUCGGUAACACUGAAUAUGUGGUCACUUAUAAUGACGGCGAGCGCUGGCGUAACGAAUCGUGUCGUAGUCUAAAUCCGUGCAAAAUUACGGGUCUUGAGUCUAGACACGAAUAUCAGUUCCGAGUGCUAGCCGUCAACCCUCGAGGCUAUAGUCCAUAUUCUGAAGACUUAAGAGUGACAACAAAAGUCAAUCUUAAGGAUAUGCCCAACGCUUUCGACUCACUUUACGACAGAGAGAAGAAUACUUUAGUUUUUAACGUCGAAUCGCAUGACGUUUCUCUGAAAUUAGUGGCAAAGAUUGAGAUCAGGAGUGAAAACAAUGGCGAGUGGAGACAAUUGACAACUGUUCCCAUAAUUUCCAAUCAAGAAAACGUUUACUUAAAAUCGACGGCCGAAGAGAUUAGUGAUAUUCGAGUGAUUCUGUGUCUGCAGAGCAACGACUCGUGGUGUGGAUACGAACAUCUCGUCAAAAUGGACUCCAUCUACGCUCGAGAGACCAAAAGUCUGACAACUGAUCACUUGUUAACUGUUAUAAUGAUCGCAAGUGUCAGUGCUUUGGCUGUUGUCGUAUCCAUACUGUGCUGCUGUUGGAGGAGAAAAGAUAAAUCCGAUAAAAAGGAUUACGAAUCGGAUUCAACUUCUGGAAGACCUAAAGUAACGACAAUAAGUCAACCGUUUUAUGCCUCACACGAUAAUAAAGGUCUAAUGGGAGACGUGGACACAUCGAAUAUGAGCAAAAUCUCUCCGCCUCUGUAUUCGGCUACCAGUGACUCCCUGGGCGGACACAUUCCACAGAAUUACUACUUGACUGGUGAGGGCAAUGAGCCGAGUCCUGGUGCCAGCAGUGAGAACGGACAGAUAGAGCUGUGGAAUAUGCUUAAGAAUGAUAUGAUGAAUGACAAUCCCAACGACAACGGUAUUCCCUACCACUCGGCCUAUGGCACCGCUCAGAUGCAAAUGGAUCCCAACGGAUAUCUCGGCUCUUAUGGCUAUUACCCGCACGAAGGCUAUCAACCCUUAAAUGACGACAACUUAAAUAUGAACCGAAAGAAUAAUAUGCAAAUGGGAUAUUACGAGGAAAUGGGUGCCAAUGCUUACGGUACAGCUAUGGGCAUGGAUAUGAUGAAUGACCCGAUGUCUAACAUGACUGAUCCAAACCUUAUGCAAGCCAUGGAUCCGUCAAAUAUGAAUCACAUUCCAUAUGAAGAAGAGAUGGAAUACUCGACGAAUAGGAGCGGACGAGUCAUUAGAGAAAUAAUUGUUUAA